CAACAUUGUCAGAUCAAAGCUGAUUUUUGUUUGUUUGUUAGAAUACAUUUUCCUUCCCACUACUACUACCACUAGGCGAAUAAGGCCAAGAGGGAGGCACACCACCCUAGGACAGGGGCCUACAACAGCUGAGCCUGAGAAUUUCAAGAUGCAGGAUAAAGUCAGCAGGUUGCUGGAUGUGAACACACAUUCCCUCAGUAAUGAUUCACCCCUGGUCAGCCCUGAGGGACUGGGCUGCUCUGACGACUUGUCUUUGGAGAACAUGGGUAAACCACUGGAGAACAGCUUACACCGCUCAGACCAUGCCAUAAACUCAAACUUCUCCAAAUACCUCACACCCACUCAAACGUUAGCAGUGGGCUAUUUGGCUUCGGGUAUGAAGCCAGAGGAUGAUAUCCUGUACCAGUGGCGUCUCAGAAGGAGGAUGGAGCAGUGUGGCCGUCAGCCUCAGUCUGAUCUCCAGCUGCCAGUCCCUUACGGCUCGCUCUGCAGCCUGUUACAGCAGACUCAAAAUAACUUGCUUACAAGAGACCAUUCAAGUACGGUCAUUGGCACUAUGGCACAAGCUUCAUCUGAUAUAUGUACUCAGGAACCCCCUCCUCCUUUUACUUUUCCACACCCCAGUCUGUCUCAGUUCCAGCCUAAGCACCACAUCUCUCCACGUACAUCCCACAUCAAUGACAUCCUGCCAUGUCCUCUCCAGAGCUCUCCCAUGUUACUACCCAAGGAGAGUAAGCAGCAUCUGAGGAAGAGUUCCACUGAUACUGCCACUGCCACAUGCACACCAUUGUCAACAGAUCAGCUUAACUUCAAAAAUACACCUGACCACCAGCGCAACAAAUCGCAUUCAUCUCUUCAUCGGUACCUCCCUGAAAACAAAGAGGGACACUGUCUUAUUUCUAAGAAGAGUGGGAAAGGAGGAAAAGGUGUCAUGUCACAGCGGGUAGGAACAGAGGCUGAGACAAGAAAGAAAAUAACUUCCUCCAGUAGAGAAAAAUGUUCUAGAUUUGGCAGACAUAUGGACCAGUCUGACCCUGCACUCAGAGGAGACCAAGAUGGCAAGAGGCUCAAGCGGAAGGACUCCCACAAGGCAAGAAGACGAGAAGCUUCGGCUUUAUCCCCCUCUCCUCUACAAAGCACUCUUGGAAUGGUGGUGUCUGAAGUUCUUUUUCCCGAUUUUGGAUCAGCAGACACUACCAGAAUGUCAAGCACUGACUCUUUUGAAGACACUCAAUCAUUUCCACCACAACCCUUAACCACUCCUCAUAGACUUCAGAGACCUUCAGAGAUCAUUAAUAAGCUUCUUAUAGAAUCAGAAGAUUCAGAUGAGCUGGAGUUUGAGGAUGAUCCCUUGCUGCUGGUGCUGCGAGAACAGAGAGGCUGGGUGAAGCAGCGCAUAUGUGACAUGGACAUGUUGCUUAAAGCAUGGCAUGAGAAGCAGCCCCUCUGAAAUCUCAGAAUCUUGCACACAUUCCUGUAUGAUUUUAAUAUAUUGUAAAUAAAUUAUGAACGUUGAA